CUGCGAAUGUCUGGCGGCAUGUUUCAGGCAGUCGCUCUUUAUGAUUUCCAUUCGCAGUCGGAGAAGGAGCUAAGUUUUCAAGCAAGUGAUAUUGUCACCAUCUUGUCGACAGAUAUUGGAAAUGGAUGGUGGGAAGCCAGGAAUGGGAAUGGUUUGAAAGGAUUGGUACCUCAGUCUUAUUUUAAGUUUCAUUGUCCAGUUCCAGCAUCGAGACUCCCCUUACCUGAGCCACCAUUUCCUCUUCCUGCUUCAUCCUCCACCUCGUCGUCGUCAUCUGCGUCAUCAUCGGCAUCCAGUCAAUCCUCCAUCGCCCUCCCUCCCCGACCACCCCCGAAACCUGUCCGGGUCGUACAAACCUACAUCUCGUCAUCUUCAUCUUCCUCCUCUCCGCAACACCACCACAGGUGCGUACCAUGUAACGCGAGGUUCAAUGCAAUUGAAGUCUUGAGUGACAAUGAAGAUUGGGAUGAAGAUGAUGACGAUGACAAUGAGGAUUACAAUGUCAUAACAGAGGUUUACAGCAGUAAUAAAUGUCCCACAAGUACUCUAGAGAAGAAUAGCAAGUUGAAUAGUUGCAAAUAUGAUGAUUUUUUUGAAGAUGAUGAUGAGGAGGAUGAAGAGGAUUUGUAUCACAAGCAUGGGAAAAAGUUGGUUGGCAUCACAACAGGAUCAGCUGACAUGUACCUUUUCAACAUGGAUCCCCCUGCUUUGCCAUCUGAUGUCAAGAAGAUAAACAUUUAUGAUUCUUAUGAGGGCCCAGUCUGGUCACUGUCUGCAGUGCCGAGCAUGACUUGCAAGUUAGGCUCACCAAGGAAAGAGAAGAAAUACAAGGGCAUGAAGAGUUAUACCACCUAUCAAGUUUUGCCAUCUACAACAAAUACUCCAGUGUAUAGAAGGUACAAACAGUUUGAUUGGCUGCAUGAUCGGCUGGUUGAAAAGUUCUCCACACUCAUCAUCCCUCAUCUGCCUGAGAAACAAAUAUCUGGAAGAUUUGAGGAAGAAUUCAUCAGAGGAAGAUUGCGUAAGUUGAGUUUGUGGAUGAGCAGAAUGUGCAAACAUCCGAUCAUCUCACAGUCCGAAGCAUUUAUACAUUUCAUCCACUGCAAUGGAAACGUUGAGGUACAAUGGAAAGCAGGCAAGAGACAGAUAGAAAGGGACAAGUACAAAGGUGCUUAUUUCUUCUACACUGUUGAACCGCCUGGCAUUGAUCUCGAUCCUAUAGUUGUUGAAAUUCAGAUGGAUAAGUUUGGUCGGUUCAUUCGCUCCAUGGAGGAUAGUAUCAAACAUUUGUCCAAUGUUUGUCAGAAGAAUGGUUAUCGAUACAGAUUAAAAUUUCACAAAGAAUUUCUUACAUUAGGAAAAUCUUAUGAAGAACUGGCAAAAUCGUUUGAACUGGACAACAGAAAAUCUUCUCGUAAACUGUCGUCAGCCAUUCAAUACACAGGCAAGACUUACAUUGAAAUUGCCUUACUCUUCAGUGUUCAGCCAAGUAAAGAUUUGGUGAAUUUGAUGGAGGGUCUGCAAGAAUACAGAGGAAUAUUAAGUGUCUUUCCUGAUGUUCUUUUGGUUCAAAGGUCGACUACAAACAAAAUUCAAGAAAAUGCUGGACAGCUGACGCGUCAGGAAGUGAACAAAAUUCAAAGCCGAGCUGACGUCAUCACAUACACUGUACUUGCUGAAAUACAACACUUUCAAGUGAACAGAGUGACUGAUUUUUCUAAUUAUAUGCAAGCUUAUCUGCAAGGACAAAUUGACUUCUUCAAACAGAUCACUUCGAAACUAGAAAAAUCCCUUAAUUUUUUUGACAACGUGUGA